AUGCCUUCAGCGACCCCCAUAUCUGACGCGGAGCUCCCAGUUAACCCUCCCGAUCUGUCGAAGAAGCUGCCCAAACUAACACCACGCCGACCACAACCCGAACAACGAGCAUCGAAUCCGCCUGUUCCUACGCCGCAACUACCCAGUCCUCCACAGCUUUCCGGCCACAAGUACUACCCACCGAGUCGACGGAUCCUGUCUGAACACGACCACCAGCUGUUCCUUGCCUCGCCAACGCACGACCUGAUCGUCAGCUUCGUCUUCCACCUGUCCGACUCAGUUCGCAACACCACCAUAUCGCAGGUCAGAGACUCGCCAGCUGCGCAAGACCCAGCGAUCACCGCGCUCCUCGCCAUCUUAGACGAAGCAGAGGCUGCACUUAAAGCAUGUCCACCGCUUGACACGGGCUCUCGCUUUGGUAAUCCGGCCUUCCGUGACUUCCUCUGCAGAGUCAACGACAAUGUACCGGCGUGGCACAAGAAGCUGGGACUCAUAAACGAGGAGGCACAGGCUGAGGUGUCUGCCUAUCUUGCCAACAGCUUUGGGAAUGGGUCAAGGAUUGACUAUGGCUCAGGGCACGAGCUCAACUUCAUCCUAUGGCUCUUGUGCCUUAGACAAUCUUCCCUGCUGAAGGACAGCACGUUCCCGGCUCUCACCCUGAUCGUAUUUCCUCGGUAUCUCCGUCUCAUGCGCGACGUGCAGAGUACCUACUACCUCGAACCGGCAGGCUCACACGGCGUCUGGGGUCUGGAUGACUACCAAUUCUUACCGUUCCUCUUCGGUGCCAGCCAACUGCUGAACCACAAGCACAUUCGACCACUCAGUAUUCACAACGAACUGACUGUCGAAGAGUGCAAGAAGGACUACCUCUACCUCGACCAGAUCGCAUGGGUGAACAGUACCAAGACGGUGCAGGGUCUGCGCUGGCACAGUCCAAUGCUGGACGACAUAUCGUCCUCCAAGAACUGGACAAAGAUUGAAGGCGGUAUGCGGCGCAUGUUCCUGGCAGAGGUUCUGGGCAAGCUGCCGGUUGCUCAACACUUCUUGUUUGGCAGCUUAUUACCUGCUUCAGAGGACAUGAGCAAGGAUGCUGAGAGCUGGGUUGGCGAAGGCGAUGUGGGCGAAGUCGAGGUCACUGUCGACGGGAUGAAGCAUACGCACAGUGCGAAUAGCUGGGGUGACUGCUGCGGGAUCAAAGUACCCAGCGCAGUUGGUGCAAGGCUGGAAGCGCGGAAGCAUGGUGAUGCAGGGGAAUUGAGACGAGUACCGUUCGAUUAG